UGCGUGGGGGCGGAGACGGCAGAGCUGCGAUGGCGGACUCGCUGCCUCUGGAGAUGCUCACAUAUAUCCUGAGCUUCCUGCCUCUGUCAGAUCAGAAAGAGGCCUCCCUUGUGAGUCGGGCCUGGUACUGUGCAGCCCAGAAUGCCCUUCGGGAGACAAAUGUGCGCUACAACAUUCCCGUGUCCUCUGCCUCACUCUCAGCCAUCAAGAGUUUGGGCCUCAGGGGCAUUUCAUGCAUCAGCUUGACCAACCUGGACGGCUCGCCAGCUUCGCACCAGGUACUGCAGUCUGUUGCUUACCACUUAGGCCCACACCUGGAAAGCUUGUGCCUGGGUGGGGGCAGCCCCACAGAGGCGUCCUUCUUGGCCCUGAUCCUGGGAUGCCCAGUCCUUCGUACGCUUGAUCUCAGUGGCUGCAACAGUCUCUUCACAUCAGGCACUCUGUUGGCCCAGCCUGAGACAGCACAGUGUGUCCGAGAGGCAUUGAGUGGCCUCCGUGAUCUUAACCUGGCUGGCCUGCGUGACCUGACUGACCUCAGCUUCAACCAUCUCAGUAGUUGUUUCCCCAGCCUGGAGCGCCUCUCCUUGGCUUACUGCCAUCUUUCCUUUGAGUUAAGCCCAACCUGGGGCUCCAUCAGCCCCCAGGUCUCCUCUCCCUCCCAGCUUUCCUUCCACAACUUGCUGAAGUUCAUCAAGGAGCGAGCUGGCACGCUGCGUGCCCUAGACCUCAGUGGUACUGGUUUGCCCCCGGAGGCCCUACAAGCCCUGGGCCAAGUGACUGGAUUGAAGUUGGAGGAGCUGAAUCUGCACAGCUGCAGAGACCUCUCCUCAGAGGCUGUGACCAUCCUGUGCUGCCAGCAGCCUGGUCUUACUUCCCUGGACCUUAGUGGCUGCUCAGACCUGACCGAUGGGGCACUCUUGGCUGUGAGCCGAGGCCUACGCCACCUGCGGCACUUGAGUCUGAAGAAACUGCAGAGACUGACAGAUGCAGGGUGUGCAGCCCUAGGGGCCCUGCGUGAAUUGCAGAGCCUAGACAUGGCCGAAUGCUGUCUGGUGAGCGGUCGGGAGCUGGCCCAGGUCCUAGGCUCAGUUCGCAGAGCUCCACGUGCACUGACUUCCCUCAGGCUGGCUUACUGCUCUUCACUGAAGGAUGCCUCGGUGCUCUCCAUGAUCCCAGCAUUGGGCCCAAGCCUCAAGGUGCUGGACUUGUCCUCCUGCAUGGCCCUCACUAACCAGACCAUGCAGGCCAUAUGCACCUACCUCAUUCACCUGUCAGUCCUGCGCCUGGCUUGGUGCAAGGAGCUCCAGGAUUGGGGGCUUUUGGGGUUGAAGGAGCCAAGUGAUGAGCCUGUGCUAAGUCCUCAGCUACACCAGGAGGUGGACAAUGAGGCUCCAGAUCCUCAGGAGCCCAGUUCUGAGCCACAGGGCUCCUCCCUGCUCAUGCUUCAGGCCCUGCAGGAGUUGGACCUCACAGCCUGCAGUAAGCUGACUGAUGCCAGUUUGGCCAAGGUGCUCCAGUUCCCUCAGCUGAGGCAGUUAUCAUUGAGCUUGUUGCCAGCUUUCACAGACAUGGGCUUGGUGGCUGUGGCUAGGGGCUGUCCUAGCCUGGAGCGCUUGACAUUGAGUCACUGCAGCCACCUCAGUGACGAGGGAUGGGCCCAGGCAGCCAGGUUGUGGCCAAGGCUACAACAUCUCAACCUGUCCAGCUGCAGUCAGCUUACAGAGCAAACUCUGGAUACAAUUGGGCAGGCAUGCAAGCAGCUUCGAGUGUUGGACGUGGCCAUGUGUCCUGGUAUCAACAUGGCAGCCGUCAGACACUUUCAGGCACAGCUGCCUCAGGUGACCUGCAUCCAGUCUCGCUUCGUGGGAGGGGCUGACCUGACCCUAACACUUUGAGGCCAGGUCAGUAACUAGCCCUGAAGCUCAUCUUCCCUCACCACUAUAGUCCUAGCCCAGCCAGGCCUGUGGACCUGAGUUUGCCCCAGUGCCUCCUGCCUGCCUUCCCCUGUUCUAGAACCUUUUCUAAGACUCUGGACAGAACCAAUCCAGGGAUCUUGCAGCACUAGUGUACCCCACAGAUGGCAGCCACCUCUUCCCAGCUACACUUGCUGCCAUGGGCCCCUCUAAAGGUCAGACCCACAGGUGAGCUGGGCCUGGUGCUGGGGAUGGCCAGACUCUGCCUCUUGCCAGCCACCUACUUAGACUAAAGCCUUUGUUCUGCCUGUUCCCAGGGGUAGGGUGAGGGUGGGGUCUCUUCCAGUCCUUCAGAGCUUUAGCAGCCAGCCACCAACUUCAUUGUAAACCCAAACAAGAUUAAAAAUUCCAGAUCUUA